AGAUUCGACGGCAGUUGGAGCGCGCUUAGCAGCCAGCUGCAGGUCCCCAGCAGCGGGCCGAGAGCUGAGCACGCGCCGUGGAACCGCUCGCGAUUAGAACGUCCCCGGGAAGAGCACGCUCUUUAUCCGUUGCCGCCAGCAGCAGCAGCAGCAAGAACAAUAACAAGAAGCGGCCGCGGCCUUUCGCUGCAGCAGUGCAGGUUGGCGGUGUGAACUCCCAGUUCCAUUCCUGUCCUUUUUUUUUCUCCACCCCCCCCCCCCCCAAACCCGAAGAGGCCAUGGCUCGCGAGUAUAAAGCCGGGGAGUUGAUUUUCGCCAAGAUGAAGGGUUACCCUCACUGGCCUGCCAGGAUUGAUGAUUUUGCCGACGGCGCAGUAAAGUCUUCAACAAAUAAAUAUCCCAUUUUCUUCUUUGGAACUCAUGAGACUGCCUACCUGGGUCCACGAGACAUUUAUCCAUAUGAAGAAAACAAGGAAAAGUAUGGGAAGCCCAACAAGAGAAAAGGUUUCAACGAGGGACUGUGGGAAGUUGAAAAUAACCCAACGGUUAAAUUUCUUGGACAAGGUUCUAAUAAACGAGCUCGCAAGUUGUCAACUGAUAAAGAUGCUGAAGAGGGGAAGGAAACGGGUGGCUCAAAUCUGGGUAAAGAGGAGUCUGAUGCUGCAAGUUCACCAGAGUUUGACAAGCAUAGUGAUGAUGAGACUUCUGCAAAGAAAGCUGCAGUAAUGGAGCCUCCAAAGAAAGGUGCCAAGAGGGGGAGAAAGAGAAAGAUUGACCAAGUAGAUGUUGGUUCAGAAUCUGAAACCGAAAAGCAGAGCGCCAAGCGGAAGAAACAAGCUGUUGAGGUGAAGACUCCAAAACCUAGAGGAAGGCGACCUAAAGCCAUGAUAAUGGCUGCACGCACAGGCGAUGAAAGUGAGAAUGAUGAUAUGAACAAAGCUGAGGUGAAGAAGGCAGCCUUGGAAGAAAAACGAAAGAAACAACAUGAGCAAAAGAAAGUGAAGGAGGAGGAAGAGAAGAAAGAGGAUAAAAAGAGUGACAAGCCAAAAAAAGAACUAGUUAAAAAGGAAGGAAAAAAGGACCUUGCAGAACCCAAGAGGAGGAGAAGCACCAAGACCAAGUCAACUUCAGAGUCUGAAGAGGAGGAACCGGAAGAUGGAGAAGAGAAAACCAAAAAAACAAAGUGGGAUGCUGCUAAUAGAAGAAAUCUAAUGAAAAAACAAAAUGAAAGGGAACAGGAAGAAAAGCUGUGCAAAGUGGAGGAAAGCAAAAAAGAUGAGCAGCAAACCAAAGAGGAGAAAGAAGGAAAGAGAGAAGAAAAACUCAACUUCAAGAAAAUAGAAAAAAAAAGAGAAAUGUCAAUGGAAUUGAGACUUCAAAAGUUGCACAGUGAAAUUAAAUUAUCACUGAAGAUCGACAAGCCUGAUGUGAAAAAAUGUAUUGAGACUUUAGAUGAACUUGCGGCACUCCAGGUUACUCCACAGCAUCUGCAGAAACACAGUGAACUGAUUGCAACACUUAAGAAGAUGCGAAAUUACAAAGCCUGUCAAGACAUCAUGUUCAAGGCUGAUAUGAUCUACAACAAAUUCAAAUCCAUGUUCUUGGUUGGUGAAGGUGAUUCUGUGAUUGCACAAGUACUGAAUAAAUCUCUUGCCGACCAGCGGCAGCAUGAGGAAGCAGUCAAGGCACGAGAACAAGAGAAGAAAAAUGAUCAAGUGGAAACUAACAAGAAAACUGACAACACAGAGGAACAGCUGACAGCUGCUAAAACAGUGAAUGGAGAAGUUGUAGCACAGGAUACAGAGAAUGACCACACCUUGAAAAGAGCAGAGAACAAACCCAGCGAUGAGAAGAAGAAUAAAUCAGACGCUGCACAGCCGCCACAGAACAGUGAACUGCAUCAGUUUGAUGCCUCGCAGUUGGCAAAACAACCCUCGGCCAAUUCCGAGGCUGAGCAGAUGGAGACUGGACCAGGAGCUGACAGCUGAGUAACUCCAACCUGCAUACUGCCACCAAAUUUAAAAUGUAGUGCCUAGCACAGGUGUUGUUAGUAGGACAUGGGGAGGGGAGAGG